AUGAUCUUCUUACACGUUUUCGUUAUUUACAAUCUCGAAUUUAUCCACCAUUUUAACCUUUUUUUUACAAGUCAUUUAUCGCAAGUUUAUCGAGCAUUUGAACCUGGUCUACAUACAUUAACUUGGUCGAGUCUUAAUAUUGAUGUAUAUAUUGCUAAAGUUCAUCGUGCACUUGAUCGUUUUGAGACAUCAAUUUCAAAUAUUAAUACGUUAAUAGCAGAAAAAAUUGAUAGUAUACUUGAUAAUGAAUUAAUGAAUUCAUCAUGUCUUUUAUUUUCAAUUGAUUAUAUUCGUUCAAAAUUAUGGACACCAACAGAAUUUCUUGAAAAUAUGCGUUCACAUUUAAAUGAACAAUCAAUAUUAAUUGGUGAAAAAUUACAUCAAAUUCAACAAACAUUUCAAGAAGUUGAAGAUAUGUUAAAACUAAAUUCAACUGGACCAAAAUCACGUUCAUCAACAUCAUCAACACGAAGAGUAAAAACAGCAACACCGGCUGUUACAAAUGAAGCUAUGAUGGAAUUUGUUAGAUAUUAUCAUGAUAAAAUGAAUUAUUGUAUACAAAAAAUAAUUGAACGAACUUUAGUAACUUAUAUUGAUUUAGUUUCGAUAACAGAAACAAAAUAUUUAAUUGAUCAAACAAAAUUAAUUCGAUUUCUGUUUGAAGGACAAGAUAUUGAUGAACAAUUAAAUGUUGAUACACAACGAAUUAGAAUCGGUUGUACAAUGCAAUAUGCUAUACCGGAAAUAAUUAUUGAUCCACAAUUAAGUUCAUGUCAAAAAUGUAUUUGUGAUGUUGCUCGUGCAAUUAUUGAUUGUGAAAAACAAAUAAGUGAAUCUGCUGGUUUUGACAAUGAAACUGUUCAUCGUUUAUUUUCAAUAAUCGAAUCAAAUACUCAUUUAUCUAGUUUAAUUGAUCGUUUAUCAUCAAUUGAUAAAGAUGUAACACGUAUAUCUCAAAGUGCUAUAGAAUAUAUUCGUACAUUUGAUUUUCUUUGGCGAGAUGAUUCCCAAUUACAAUAUCAAACAAUUAUUCAACAAGAUGAAAAUGAUGAAGAUUAUACAAUAAUAGUUGAUCCAAAUGCUAUUCCAUCAGCAGAUGUUCGUAAAUAUUUACAAAAUGAACUUGAACGUCUUAUAGGAAUUGAAGAACGUCUUAAUAUAUUACCACAUGAAAUUCAAAUUGGUUGUAUUUGUAUUGAAACGAUUCCAAUUGUAAAUUCAUUAAAAACAUUUAUAUUUAGUUGGAAAACUCAAUAUGCUAAAUUAUUACAUAGAUUUGCAAAGUUUGAACUUGAUCAAGUUGUUGCUUAUCGACAACAAGUACAAUUAAGAUUUAAUGAUGAUGUAUCUACACUUGAACAAUUAGAUGAAGCUUUAAUUUUAUUAGAAGAAUUAAGUGAGAUGGAAAAUAAAAUUGAUUCAAUUUAUUUACCAAUUGAAACAACUUAUACACUUCUUGAUGAAGUUUAUAAGAUUCCAAUUCCACGUGAUGAACUUGAAGAAUGUUCACAAUUACGUGAUAAAUGGUCAGAAUUAAUGUUAAAUGCUGAUCGUGUACGAAGACAAUUAUUACAGGAACGUCGACAACAAUUAGAACAAGAAUUAGAUAAACAAGUUAAAUCAUUUGUUGUUGAAGUUAUUCGAUUUCGAAAUUCAUUUGAUGUCGAAGGACCUAAUGUACCAGGUUUAGGACCAUUAGAUGCAGCUAAACGUUUAAAAGAUUUUCAAGGACAAUAUAAAAUAAUGCAUCGACGUAAACAAACAUUAAAUUCCAUAUCAACAUUAUUUAGUUUACAACCAAAACAAUUUCCUGAAUUGGAUAAAACAGGAGAAGAAUUGGUAUUACUUGAUCAACUUUAUAUAUUAUAUAAAAAAUUCAUUGCGUUUGAUACAACAUUUCGUGCAACUCUUUGGUCUGAAGUUGAUUUAAAUCAAAGUAAAAAUGAACUUAAUCAACUUUGGACAGAAUUUUGUGAUUUACCAUCAAAAUUACAAGAACGUAUUUGGACAGCUUAUUUUGAUUUGGAAGCUCAUUUAAAAAAAUAUCUUCAAUUAUUACCAUUAUUAUUUAUGUUAAAUGCACGAGAAAUUCGUAGUCGUCAUUGGUUAAAAGUAAUGCAAAUAACAGGAUGUUCAUUUCAAUUAGAAUCAAGUGUAUUUAAAUUAAAUGAUUUAUUAGAUAUAUCAUUAGAUAAAUAUCAAAAUGAAAUUUCUGCUAUUUGUUUUUCAGCAAGAAAAGAACUUGAAUUAGAAAUAAAAAUGCGUAGUAUUGAAGAAGAAUGGACUGAACAAAUACUUAAUUUUGAACCAUAUAAAGAUUAUGGUUCAAUUUUAUUAGAGAAACGUUAUGUUGAAAAUUUACUUGAACAUUUAGAAGAUGGUGAAGAAACACUUGCUCAAAUGCUAACAACACGAUAUAUUGAACCGAUGCGUGAAGAAGUAGCAUCAUGGUCUGAAAAAUUAAAAGCUAUUAGUGAAAUUCUUGAACUAUGGCUUGAAGUUCAAGAUAUGUGGUUAGGUGCUGAAAAUAUAUUUAAUAAUCCAUCAGCUGGAAAAGAUAUAUCAUUAGAAUCUAAAAGAUUUGUACGUGUUGAUAAAACAUGGUUAAAAACUCAACGACAAUCUUCUGAAAUUCGUAAUGUUUUACAAUGUUGUUUGAGUGAACCACCAAAAAAAGGCAUAUUGAAAGAAAUGCAAAAAGAAUUAGAAAUAUGUAAUAAAUCAAUAUCAUUAUAUUUGGAUCGAAAACGUCAAAUAUUUCCUCGUCUUUCGUUUCUUACAAAUCGUAUAUUAAUAUCAUUAUUAAGUCGACAAGAUACAAUUUAUUAUGUAAAACAACAUUUCCAAUCAAUAUUUAAUGGAAUUCGUGAUCUUAAAUUAUCUAUUACAAAUAUUGAUCAACCAAAAGUAGAUGAAGAACGACGUACUACAGUUACAAGUGAAUCUCGUUCUCAUGCCGAAUUUGUUGUUAUAACUCAACAGGAUAUUAUACAAGUAAUGAGUGAUGAUGGUGAAUGUAUGCCAUUACGUCGUUCUGUACCAUUACAAAAAUCUGUGGAACAAUGGCUUAGUCGUUUACAAGAAUCAGUUGCUGAAACAAUACGUAUGGAUAUUUCUUCGUGUAUUAAAGAUCUUGAUAAUGGUUUACCAUAUGAAGAACUUGUUUCUAAAUAUACAUGUCAAGUAUCAUUGGUAGGAUUAUUAUAUGCAUGGACACGUGAAGUUGAAACAGGCAUUGUUGAAUGUAAAAAUGAUCGAAAAGGUUUAAAUACAGCUUCAAAACGUUUUGCAUCAUUGAUUCAAAAAAUACCAACAGUAUUAUCACGUUUACAAUGGAAAACACCAGCACAACCAGUUUUAAUUUUACAUAAAUUACGUUUAGAAGGAGUUCUUGCGUUUGCGGCAUUUUUACGUGAUAAUUUCGAUGCACUUUGCUCACGUCGUCGUGAAAUAACACAAAAAGAUUUCGAUUGGCGACGAUGUUUUCGAGUUUAUCAACAAACAUCUCCUUCAGGAUUAGAAUCAAAAUCUAGUGAUAGUAGUAUGAUGUCAUCAAGCAGCUAUAGUGAACCAAUUCGUAUGCAAGUAAUGGAUGAUAUAUUUUCUUAUGGUAAUGAAUUUUAUGGAAUACAUCAAACAUUAUGUAUUACAUCAACAACAGAAAAAUGUUUUCUUGGUAUAUGGCUUGCUUUAUCAUUUAAACGACCUGUUCUUGUACAAGGAAAUGCAGCUGUAGGAAAAAAAUAUACAAUUACGAGUUUUGCUCGCUUUCUUGGUCGAUUUGUUGCAACAUUUGAAUGCUCUCAACAUGUUGAUGCAUCAGCUGCUUGUAUGUUUACAAUUGGAUUAGUAUCUGAUGGAUGUUGGGGUAUUUUUAAUAAUAUUCAUACUCUAACAGUUAAUGUUCUAUCUCCUCUUGCUGAAUAUAUAACACUAAUUUCUGAUGCUCUUCGAACAAAUAAUUCAGCUGCCACAAUAACUUCAGAAAGCAAAGAGAUUCCAAUUCGAUUAUCUGUUGGUAUAAUGGCAACACGUAAUCCAUUUGCUAUUAAUCCAAAUACUGGCAAUUACACAAUUUUAUUAUCUGAAAUUCGAUCUCGUUUUCGUAUGGUUUCAAUAGUUAAACCGGAUGUUGAUCAAAUCUUUCGUAUAAAAUGUUUCGAAUAUAAUUUUAAAAAUUCAAAUGUUAUUGCUGAAAAAAUUUCACUUCUCUAUGAAAUAAUUCGAUUAUAUUUACCGAUUGAACAACGUUCCGUUAUUUCUUUAACAUCUUUUAUUGAUCUACUUCAAUAUGUAAAUAAUCUAAAAAAACAUACUGGUUCAAGACCAACUAGUAUGGCAUCAAGUGGACAGAAAAUUGAAGAUGCUAAACGUUCUUUAUCAAUCAAAACACCUUCUUAUGCUGGUGCGAAAUCUGAUCAAUUAUUAAUUGCUCAAGCAUUUAUAGAUGUUAUUGGUGCCCGAUUGAAUCCUGAUCAUGCAAAAACUUUUCGAAUAUUUGUGCUUGAAACACUUGUUGGACGAGAUGAAUCGAAAAUGACAACAUUAAAUACCACAAGUGCUAUGCUCGAUAAAAUUAUAAUUGAUAAAGCAGCUGAUCAUGAUUUCAUGCCGAAAAAGCUUUGGGUUGCAAAAUGUGUACAAAUGGUUCAUGCAGCAAAUGUUGCAAAAAAUAUGGUUUUAUGUGGAUCAACACAUAGUGGUAAAUCAAGUGCAGCUAUGUUAAUGGUUGAUGUAUUAACACAAAUGCAACAACAACAACAAUUGCAAACAUCUGUUCAACAGCAAAAAAGUUUAUCAGUACCACAAGAAUCCAAUUAUGCCCAAGAAAUUGCUACACAAACACAUAAAGUCUAUCGAAUAAAUCCAUUAGCCAUUGAAUCUGAAAAUGUUUUACUUGGUUAUCAUACAUUAGCAAAUGAUUGGCAAGAUGGUGUUCUAACAACCAUGUUACAUAAAGCUAAUCGAAAUUGUCAUACAAGUUGGAUUUGUUUUGAUGGAAUAAUAAGUCGAACAUGGGCUGAUUUAUUACCAUCAAUAUUAGAAAAAGAAUCAUCAUUACAAAUACGUAAUGGAGAUAAAUUAUUUUUACGUGAUCAAGUUAAAUUUAUGUUUGAAACAUUAUCAUUAUCUGAUGCAUCACCUUCAUUUGUUGCUAAUUCAGCUGUUAUUUAUUUCGAUAAAUCUGUUAUUGAUUGGAAAGUUAUUGCAGGUGCAUGGCUUAAAGAUCGACGUCAAUUGGAAGUUCAAUGUCUUCGAUCUUGUUUUGAUAAAGUAAUGGAUCCAAUAAUGACAUUUCUUAAAGAAGAAUGUUCACGAUCCAAUUAUUAUUCUGAAACGAGUUUAUUUUCGGUCAGUCUUCGUUUAUUAGAUGCUAUACUGCGUGAUAGUACUCAUGUCACAACUGAUGUUCAUGUUGAACGUUUUUUUAUAUUCAGUUUAACAUUUGUUCUUAAAGCUAUACUUAAUUCUGAUGAACAAAAACGUUAUUCAGAUGUAUUAAAAAAUUAUGUUUCAGUUUUACCCGAUGAUGAUAGAGAAAUAUCUGUUUUUGAUUAUUAUGUUGAUGAAUCCUGUGAAUGGGAUUUAUGGACAGCUAAAGUUGAUGAACUUAACGAAAAUAUUCAAGAUCGCAUUGAUGUUUUUGGUAAUGUACUUGUACAAACAGUUGAUUUAGCACGUGCACAUUAUUUUCUUAAAUAUGCUUCAUUAGCACAAGUUAAUGUUUUACUUACUGGUACAACUGGUUCAUGUAAAUCAUUUUUAUUAGAUACAUUUCUUAGUGGAUUAGAUCAAGCACAUUUUCUUGCAACACGUUUAAAUUUUUCAAAAGCAACAAAUUCAGUUGAUUUACAAAAAUUUAUUGAAGCGAAUGUUGUUCAUCGACAAGGUUUUACAUAUGGUGCUCCAUUAGCAAAAAAACUUUGUUUAUUUAUUGAUGAUUUACAAGCAUCAACAACAAAUGGAUUAGAAAAAUUUAAAAAUGCUCCUGAAUUUCUUCGAACACUUGUUGAUCAUCAUCAAUUUAUAACACAACAAAAACCAUAUGAAAGACGAAUAAUUGAUGAUUUUUCGAUAUUUGCUACAGCUACAAUACCAUCAACAGGUGAUCAAUCAUUGUUCACACUUCAUCCACGAUUACUUCGUCAUUUUGCAAUAAUUAAUUUACCAACAGUAACUGAUUCAUGUCUACGUCAAAUUCUAACAAAUGUUAUUGAUAUAAAUAUGAUGACAUAG